AUGAUCCUGCGCGCAACACACAGUACCCUCGCCCAGCUUCCGACACAUGGCGCACGGGGGCGCCGUCUUCCACGCGAGGCUCGCAUUUUUUUUUACUCCCCGGCCAGCGGCAGCUCGCAGCGCUCCUCCACACUGGUCGCCGUGACAUACUUGCUCUCCUCCUCUCCCGCUUCGAGUGAGACGCUUGUAUAUUAUCUGGAGUGCUCCUGUCUGACUAGCCGCUUGUGCCUCUCGGGCGAGCAGGAGUGCUUCAAGGCGAGCGGCACGAGCUUACAUAUAGAGUGCCAUCCUCAUUCAUGUGGGCCACUUAGGGCCAGCUGGCACCUGUGCCUCCUCGCAUGGAGCCGCGGACGGCCUUCCCGAGCGACCCUGCACCCC